AUGAUAGACAAGGAGGGUGAGGUGCGGUGUAGCAAGUGUCUGCCUGGUGUUACUGGUAAUCUCUGUGACAGGUGUAUGAAAGGGUAUUAUGGAACUCCUGAGUUGGGGUGCAGGAAAUGUCGUUGUAAUGACAACCUGGAUAUGUCGCGUGAGACACCAUGUGACCAGCAAACAGGACGAUGUCUUGCGUGCGUGGAAGGUACCGGGGGAGCCUUCUGUGAGAGAUGCUCAACUGACUACUGGUCACCUAGUCCUGGUAGAGACUGUCAGCGUUGCGAGUGUCCCGUAGGACGAAGACAGCUGGUGCCGUGUAAUCCUAGAACUGGAGAUUGUUAUUGUAAACCUGGCUACACUGGUCGGAAUUGCAGCUCCUGUCAGCUCUACACUUACGGGUAUCUAAACGACGAGGACUGCAAAAACUGCAGCUGUGAUGUGAUUGGGUCACACUCCCUUCACUGUAAUGGUACGACGGGGGACUGUUUCUGUAAGAGGGGUCACACUGGCAGGAAGUGUGAUAAGUGUCAGGACGGCUACUGGAGACACGCCCGCCAGCCUUGCUCAGAGUGUGACAACUGUGCAAGGAAGAUGUUGGUGACCUUGGAGGAGACUUCCAUCAGGCAAACUGCGAUAAAGAGUAUAUCACAAGACAACUUCAUCAGCAAAACAACUGCUAAACUCAAACAUCUCCAGAAUAAAUCUAACAGGAUCAAGGAUCAGAUGCUUCAUAGGAUAUCCGUGUUCCGGGACUUGAAAGAGACUGCUACAAAUGUUCAAGACAUUUAUUUCUCCCCCUCCAAGCAACCUCUUCACAUACAGGCAGAUAAUCUGUGGUCCAAGAACACAGAGGUUGACUUCCGGAUCAAACAGGUCGCACUCGGGCUGGACUCGAGUCUGACCAUGAAGAACCAAUACUUCAGGGAUGCGGCCAACUGA